AUAUAUUUGUGAAAGAUUAUUAAUUGACACUAGAGAAAUUCUUAUAUAAACUCUGUAUCCUUUAAGAUUCAGAGCCAUGUAUUUAGAGUUGCAAACUAGUAAGAGAAGCAAGUGGUAACAAUUUUCGUUCUUUCUUCUUUUUUCGUUUUUCAUAAAACUGGUCUUUGUCCCGUUCUGCAGCAAGCCAUAAAAUAACAUUAUCUUCCAGAUCCCUCACGGCACAAAGCUUUCAACAUAUCCAGCCCAUUGCUUGUCAGAAAUAUUGACUGUCAAGUUGCUUAUCUCUCUCCAACUUCUACCUUGUCUUUUGUCUCUGCACCUGUAAAAUCUAUCUAUGCCGGCCAUGUCUCAAGAUGAAUCAUUGACUGUGCCUCUCAUCGUUGAUGAGGAGCAACACAGGCUUAGAUACAAACUUGGAGAUGUUGAGUCAAAUGGCAAUCAUAUUAGCGAAGGAACUACCUCUUUUUUGAAGACCAUUUUCAAUGGACUAAAUGCGUUGUCAGGAGUUGGGAUACUUUCAACACCAUAUGCGGUUGCAUCAGGAGGAUGGUUAAGCUUGAUUUUUCUUUUUACCAUUGCCAUUUCAACUUUCUACUCAGGCUUGUUGAUUAAAAGAUGCAUGGAAGUUGAUUCAAAUAUUAGAACUUAUCCUGACAUAGGCGAGCGAGCAUUUGGUAGCAAAGGAAGAGGUUUGAUAUCGAUUUUUAUGUAUGUCGAGCUCUACUUGGUCGCGACAGGUUUUUUAAUUCUUGAAGGAGAUAACUUGCAAAACUUAUUCCCCAAUGUGGAUAUUGAAGUUGCAGGUUUCCAUAUUGGUGGAAAGCAAAGCUUUGUUAUACUUGUUGCUCUUAUUAUCUUGCCUACUAUUUGGUUAGAUAAUUUGAGCAUUCUGUCGUAUGUAUCUGCUAGUGGGGUUUUAGCUUCUGCUAUAAUUCUUGGUUCAAUUUUCUGCGCUGGAGCAUUUGAUGGGGUUGGAUUUCACGAAAAAGGAAAGUUACUACACUUGGAUGGAAUUCCUACUGCUGUUAGUUUAUAUGCUUUUUGUUACUGUGCACAUCCAGUCUUUCCGACUCUUUACACUUCUAUGAAAAAGAAGCACCAGUUCUCUAAUGUUCUGCUAAUUUGCUUCGUUAUAUGUACAUUCAGCUAUUCAUCAAUGGCAAUUAUUGGUUACAAAAUGUUCGGAUCAGGGGUUCAGUCGCAGGUAACCCUAAACCUACCAACCGGAAAGUUAAGCUCAAAAAUGGCAAUAUAUACUACUUUGUUCAAUCCCAUAUCAAAAUAUGCAUUGAUGGUUACACCAAUAGUGAAUGCAACCAAGAAUUGGUUUCCAUGGUCUUGCAACAAGAAGCCCUUUACCAUCCUUAUCAGUACUACUAUAUUGAUCAGCACCGUAAUUGUAGCCCUGGCUGUUCCUUUCUUUGGCUAUCUCAUGUCGUUGGUUGGAGCAUUCUUAAGUGUGACAGCAUCAAUUAUACUUCCAUGUUUAUGUUACUUGAAGAUUUCAGGCAGUUUGAGGAGACUCGGAUACGAAAUGGUAGUAAUAUGGGGAAUCAUUUUACUGGGUGUUACGGUUGUUAUUUUUGGUACAUACACUUCUCUGCUGCAAAUUGUAGGACAUCUGUGAGUUGCAGUAACUAUUGAUAAUGAUAAUAUUUAUGUUUGUAUCUUUAUGGUAUAUCCAGUCAUAAGAGCAGCUAACGAUGUAACUCUAAACGCCAGAUCCAUAUUUGCACAUUUGAAUUUUAUUCAUUUUUUAGCAA